AUGGCAGCUGAAGUAGCUGCGCAGCCAGUGAACGGCACUGCCACAGGAUCACGGGCAAGAUGGAAGCACAUGGACACCCUCCUCUCUCGGCCCGGCGCAUAUACAGACGAGGACGACUUCGCCCCCGGCAGCGUGCCUAUAGGCAACAUCGAGCAAUCACGCAUUCUUGUCAUCGGAGCUGGAGGGCUGGGCUGCGAGAUCCUCAAGAACCUCGCCUUGUCGGGCUUCAAGCACAUUGAUGUCAUAGACAUGGACACCAUUGACUUCUUAUUCCGUGAGAAGGAUGUCGGCAAGGCCAAGGCAAGUGUGGCCGCUGAGUUCGUGAUGAAGAGAUGUCCUGGGUGUGUCAUCACUCCAUACGCAGGCAAGAUCCAGGAUAAGGAUGAGGACUACUACAUGCAAUUCAACCUCGUCAUCUGCGGUCUCGACAGCAUAGAAGCCCGUCGCUGGAUCAACGCCACCCUGGUUGGAAUGGUGGACAUGGAGAACCCGGACUCUCUCAAACCUCUCAUCGAUGGCGGUACGGAGGGCUUCAAAGGCCAAUCACGUGUCAUCUUCCCAACCAUGACUUCUUGUAUCGAGUGCCAGCUGGAUAUGCACGCCCCUCGUGCUGCGGUGCCACUCUGCACCCUCGCCACUAUCCCCAGACAACCACAACAUUGUAUCGAAUGGGCACAUAUCAUCAAGUGGGAAGAGGAGCGCAAAGAUCUCGUCCUUGACACCGACGACCCGGAACACAUCACCUGGCUGUAUCAGAAAGCUCUCGGACGCGCCAAAGAAUUCAAGAUCGAGGGCGUGACGUAUAGCAUGACUCAAGGCGUUGUGAAGAACAUCAUCCCUGCUAUCGCCUCCACAAACGCCAUUGUCGCGGCAAGCUGCUGCAAUGAGGCAUUCAAGAUCGUGACCUCGGCAGCCUCUUUUCUCGGAACUCCAGGCGAGAACAACUACAUGCUCUACACUGGCGACGCCUCAAUCUACACCUAUACCUUCGAACACCAGAAAAAGGACGACUGCCCUGUGUGUGGAAACUUACCCAAAGACUUGUUCGUCAAUCCCGAAUCGACUCUCGGUGAGCUCGUCGAAGGGUUGGCGGAGCGACCGGAAGCACAACUCAAGAAGCCGAAUUUGAGGACUGAGGAGAAGACUUUGUAUUAUUCGAGUCCAGCCAGUCUAGAGGAGUCUACGAGGCCGAAUUUGAAGCGGAAGAUUAGUGAGAUGCUUGCGGAUGGGGAGGAAUUCGCGGUCAGCGAUCCGGCGUUUGAAAUCAAUUUUCGUUUCAUUGCGAGAUACGCAUAG